UUUUUCUUUUCUUUAGAGAAAGUAGCCCACUUGUGCGAGUGGUCUUUCCCAAAUAAGCAUCUGCCGUCUGUCGUUAUGGAAUCGCUUCUCCUUGUUCCGUCCUCUUCUGCAAAUCCAUUACAAUUAUUCUUGUCUCAUCCUCCAACCAAACGCUCCCUUUUUCUCAUUUUAAAAACAACCCACGAACGCGCCGCGGUGAUGCAGAUGACCACCGCUGCCUCCGCCACCAAGGAGGCCAAGCUUUGGGGUGGAAGAUUCGAGGAGAGCGUCACCGAAACCGUCGAAAAGUUUACCGAGUCAAUCUCCUUCGACAAAGCCCUUUACAAGCAUGACAUAAUGGGCAGUCGGGCCCACGCCUCCAUGCUCGCUCGCCAGGGAUUAAUAAGCGAGAGUGAUGCGGAUAGCAUUCUGAAAGGCCUUGAUGAGAUUGAGAGGCAGAUUGAUGAUGGAAAGUUUGCGUGGAGAACUGAUAGAGAGGAUGUUCACAUGAACAUUGAGGCUGCUCUUACUGACUUAGUUGGCGAAGCUGCUAAGAAGUUACAUACAGCCCGCAGUCGGAACGACCAAGUUUGCACUGACCUUCGUCUCUGGUGUCGUGAUGCAGUUGACUCCAUCCUUUCCCGAAUUAGGCAUCUCCAGGUUGUAUAAUGUUCUUAUGCAACUUUUCAAUUGCAUCAAUUUUUUACAGUUCCAAGUCCCAAAUAUUUUUACUGCUGAUAUUGAAGAUGUUAUUUGAAACAGAAUGUGUAGAGCAG